AUGGUGAUUCCAAACACCUAUGAGUUUGUUGCAGCAAAGAUACGUGAAAUGGGGAUGGACUAUCAUUUGUCUAGAGAUUUGCCCAAGAACAAGUUGUUUUACACCGUCCACCCCGACGACCUCGCUGUGCUUAGGGGAAUAGAAGAGAAACUGGGGCUGACGAGUGAUAAACUCAGAACAAGUCGGCAUGUGCUGAGUGAAUAUGGAAAUAUGGGGAGUUCGAGUGUGUUGUUUGUUCUAGAUGAGUUGAGGAGGAAAUCAAUGGAUGAAGGGAAAUCCACCACCGAUGACGGAGGAGAGUUGGGUGUUCUCUUAGGGUUUGAAUCGGGUCUCACGGUGGAGAUGGUGGGACUUCGGAGCUUUGCUUUGAAUUCAGCUGAUUAA